CCGCUGUUCGGCAAUAGCUUCCCUCCGUAGUAUCCAAUGGGAGCAGGCUGUUGAACCACCACUGCAGUCCAAUUAUAAAAGGCAGCAUAAGCUCCCGUGGAACCUUGCCUCAUUUCUGUAUUCUAACAGCAUCGACAGCACCAAACAAAACACAUUCCCAAUUCAUCAAAAUGCCUUACACCCUCUACGACGCCACCAUUCUCGCUUCUAAGCAGAUGCUGACGGCUCUGGAUGCGAUCCUUACCAAGGCUGAGCAGCAUCCCGAUGCCGCCUCAUUUCCCAGCAAGAAGCUGGCUGAAGACAUGCUUCCCCUCUCCUUCCAGGUCCAAUCCGUCUGCAAGAUUGCUGAAGUCCAAGCUAUGCGCUUCAAGGAUAUGAAGCUUCCACAAGGCAGUGGAACAUACGAUGGCGGCCUGACUACCUAUCCCGAGAUGCAUGCCAAAAUCAAGGAAACCUUGGCUUUUGUUGAGUCUGUCGACCGUGAAUCUGCUGAGAAGCUCAUUGACGAAGUCAGACCUGUCGAAUUCAAGCCUGAGAUGGGAACAAAGGACUUGACGGCUGCUCAGUUCAGCACUGGCGCUACUCUUCCCAACCUCUACUUCCACCUCGUUAUGACAUAUGCUAUUCUGCGCAAUGCCGGCGUUGAACUGGGCAAGUUUGAUUAUCUGGGUCCUUUUUGGAUGGCCAAUAUUCCCAUGUAGACCGUUGGCAAUGGGCCUCAUCGUUUUAUAGAAGGGAGCAGACUGCAAAAAGCGCUAUUUUAUAGUACUGGAUAAAUACCAAUUUUACGAGAAAGAUGGAUUUUAAUAUAUACCACGACAGUAUUAAUACAAAUCUUAUUGAAAAUUCGACCUUAAUAGAAGGACAUACAAAUCAUCCAUGAAAGUGUUUGUCCAUAUCUCUUUUGUCUAUCCG